GCUUCUUGCACAGACGUGAAAAUAUCCACAGCGUUUGCGUUGAUUCCAGAUCUCCCCAUGCUUUGAGGCUUUUACAGAUUUGGAAUGUGGUAGAGGGGACAGCUAGGGAGGCCUUGCUCGCGUUGAGAAGAAUGUCCCAGGCUAGAUCCGAUUGGUCGUAGACCCGCCAACUUUAGAUACAUCUAAGUGGAACAAGAUGGCAACAAGCCGGGUGGUGCAAUUGGGAGGCAGGUGGUCCGAACUCACGAGGACUAGUGGAGUAGAUAGGCUGCAUUGCGGACCCGUUUGUUCGAUCCCGGUCUCCCUUCACAGACCUGAACACGUGGCAUGGUCGAAUACCUUCGCCUGUCAGAACGAGUCCCUCAAACCUCUCGCGAAGCGCACAAAGGCGGGGAAGAAUGCAGCGAGGCAAGGGGCGCGGGCUCAGGUGUCAAGGACGAAAGUCACUGAUGCAGCCAAAGCGGCCAAGGAUCUUAAAGAGACCAUCAAGGCUUCUGAGGAGAAGUUAGAGACUCUGCAAGGGGAUGACGCCGCCGUCGCGGACCUCGAGAGCGAGACCGCACGCAUCGAGCGGGAGAUCGAUUCGCUGAAGCAGGAGAAUGCCAAGCUGAGGGUGAAGGUUACGGGCGAGGCGGGUCCAAUGGCGGCCCCCUCUGUGAUGCCACCCCCUGGGGAGGGCCAGGAAAUCUACAAGCAGGACCCCUUCCUAGAGCCGUACAGAGAUCACCUGGAGUACAGGUACGGCCAGUACAAGAAGUGGCGCGGUGAGAUCGAAAAGUACGAGGGCGGGCUCGAGGCGUUCUCCCGGGGGUACGAGAAGCUCGGCUUCACGCGCUCCGGGAAAGGCAUCACCUAUCGGGAGUGGGCCCCAGGCGCCAAGUGGGCGUCCCUGAUUGGAGAUUUCAACAACUGGAACACGAACGCUGACGUCAUGACCAAGAACGAGUUUGGCGUGUUUGAGAUCACGCUGCCGGACAAUGCGGACGGGUCCCCUGCGAUCCCGCACGGGUCCCGUGUGAAGAUCCACAUGGACACUCCUUCGGGCUGGAAAGACUCCAUCCCGGCUUGGAUCAAGUUUGCGGUGCAAGCCCCAGGGGAGAUUCCGUACAACGGGAUCUACUACGACCCGCCAGAGGAGGAGUUGUACAAGUUCAAGCACGGGAAGCCCGCCCGCCCCAACAGCCUCCGCAUCUACGAGGCGCACGUCGGGAUGAGCAGCAUCGAGCCCAAGAUCAACUCGUACGCAGAGUUCCGGGACGACGUGUUGCCGCGCAUCAAGGCCUUGGGGUACAACGCGGUCCAGUUGAUGGCCAUUCAGGAGCACGCAUACUACGGCAGCUUCGGGUACCACGUGACCAACUUCUUUGCUGUGUCCUCCCGCUGCGGCACGCCCGACGACCUGAAGUCGCUCAUCGACCGCGCGCACGAGCUCGGUAUCGUCGUCCUGAUGGACGUAGUGCAUUCCCACGCGUCCAACAACGUGCUCGACGGCCUGAACCAGUUCGACGGGACCGACUCCCACUACUUCCACUCUGGGGCGCGGGGCUACCACUGGAUGUGGGAUUCCCGUCUGUUCAACUACGGCAACUGGGAGGUGAUGCGAUUCCUGCUGUCCAACCUGCGGUGGUGGCUGGAGGAGUACCAGUUCGACGGGUUCCGCUUCGAUGGGGUGACGUCCAUGAUGUACACUCACCACGGACUCCAGAUGUCAUUCACGGGCAAUUAUGGCGAGUACUUUGGGCUGACCACAGACGUGGAUGCUAUGGUCUACCUCAUGUUGGCCAACGAUAUGAUGCACGGACUCUACCCCAACACUAUCACCAUCGCCGAAGAUGUUAGCGGGAUGCCCACGGUUGCUGUUCCCGUGCCCGAGGGAGGAGUGGGCUUCGACUACCGGCUGCAGAUGGCGGUGGCCGACAAGUGGAUCGAAGUCCUUGGAGAGCGGGACGAAGACUGGGACAUGGGCAACAUCGUUCACACCCUCACCAACCGGCGGCACCAGGAGAAGUGCGUCGCAUACGCGGAGAGCCACGACCAGGCGCUCGUGGGAGACAAGACUAUCGCCUUCUGGCUGAUGGACAAGGAUAUGUACGACUUCAUGGCGCUCGACGGCCCGAGCACCCCGACCAUUGACCGGGGCAUCGCGCUACACAAGAUGAUUCGGCUCAUCACCAUGUCUCUGGGAGGGGAAGGGUACCUUAAUUUCAUGGGCAACGAGUUUGGGCACCCAGAGUGGAUCGACUUCCCGCGGUCGGACACAUAUGACACCAAGGGCAAAUUCAUUCCCGGCAACGGCAGCAGCUACCACCUGUGCCGGCGGCGGUUCGACUUGGCGGAUGCGACGUACCUGCGUUACAAGGGGCUCAACGACUUUGACUCGGCGAUGAACAAACUGGAGGAGAAGUAUGGGUUCAUGACGUCGCGCCACCAGUACAUCAGCCGGAAAGACGAGGGCGACAAGCUCAUUGUGUUUGAGCGGGGCGACCUCGUGUUCGUCUUCAACUUCCACUACAGCAGCUCCUUCACUGACUACCGGGUCGGCUGCCUCAAACCGGGCACCUACAAGAUCGUUCUUGACUCGGACCUUAAGGAGUUCGGCGGGUUUGCACGGCUGGACCCCAGCGCCGAGUUCCACACAAGCGAGGGCUGGCACGACAACAGGCCCCACUCUUUCCAGGUUUACACUCCGUCCCGCACAGUGGUCGUUUAUGCGCCCGUGUAGACAGUCUCGAGUUAGAUGUUUGAAUGCAAGGUGCAAUAGCUGUGGCUGGCUUGUGUCAAAGAGCGUAAUCCGCUAGCAAGCCAGCCAGGCAUUCCUCCGGAACGUAAUGUUUCAUUGCUUACUGAGGCGAAUAAUGCAUAGUUUUAUAACGAGGGUUUGCUUUGUCUUUCUUUGCUCUAUCUUGAAAUGUGCUGGCGUUGUAGCAUGUACGAGCAUUGCUAGGUUACUGAGUGGGCAGCACUAGAGAGCCCGCAUGCUAGAAUGGCGUUUUCGUACAUGGCAGCCUGCCUUAAUGACGUAAGUACAUUUUCAGUCUCUGGCAUUCGCGCGCUUCAUCUCGACAGUGAGCCAAAGACAACUUGCAAAGCGAUUC